AUGACUUCCCAAAGUCCUGUGUACCCCGCCGAGAACAUGUCAAUGGCACAUCCGUUUGACCCCCUCACUCCGGGGGAAAUCGCAAAGGCUGCGCAAAUUGUGCACAAAGCCUUGCCAGGAAAGUCUCCAAAUUUCCGAGUCAUCACCCUGCAAGAGCCGCGCAAGAGCGAAAUGAUCCCCUUUCUCGAGAAGGAGCAUUUCGGUCAAUCCCAGAUCUCACGACCUGUCCGAACAGCACGCGUGCAAGUGACCGUUCGCGGUGAUUCAGGAGCAAUCGAAAUGAUCGAGCUCUUUGUCGAUAUUCAUUCUGCGUCAGUCAUCAAGAAGGAGCACCUAGCAGGCAAACAUCCUUACAUCGACUCGGCUUACAUGCAAGCGGCAGAGAAAGCAUGCAGAGCCGACCCGCGAGUCCAGGCGGAGAUUGAAAAGUUAAAGCUUCCUCUUGAUGCCAUGGUGGUUAUUGAGCCAUGGGCUUAUGCCACUGAUGGAAUGAGCGAAAUGACCGAACGGACGACUAUGUGUUACUUCUACAUGCGUCUUCUUGAUCACCUGGACGCCAACUACUACGCCUAUCCACUUGAGCUCUGCGCAGAAGUAUCCGAGCAGCUGGAAGUGACCAAAAUUUACCAUCUGCCUUCUUCUGAGAGCGAGAAAACCCGCGAAGAUGCGCGACCAUAUGAGCACGGCAAGAUCCAUCCAACCGAGAUGAGCGAGUAUCAUCCCGAUCUCCGACCUCCACCACGCACAACUACCAAGCCGUACCAAGUCAUCCAGCCCGAGGGUCCUUCGUUCAAAACAGAUGGUAAUCUCUUGAGCUGGGAGAAAUGGACGAUGCGAGUCGGCUUCAACUAUCGCGAAGGACUAACCCUCCAUGACAUCCGCUACGACAACCGAAGCCUUUUCUACCGUCUCUCCCUGUCAGAGAUGUUCGUUCCCUACGGUGACCCACGCUCUCCAUACCCCAGAAAAGGAGCCUUUGACCUAGGCAACGACGGUGCAGGAAUCAACGCCAACAACCUCCAACUAGGCUGCGACUGUCUCGGCACAAUCAAGUAUUUCGACGGUUGGCACAAUACGUCCUCCGGCGAACCAGUCAAACUACCAAAUGUUGUCUGCUGCCACGAACAAGAUGAUGGAAUUCUAUGGAAACACACAAACCACCGCACCCAGAACGCCGUCGUCACCCGCUCGCGUAUCCUAGUCCUACAGACCAUCAUAACAGUCAGCAACUACGAGUAUAUUUUCGCGUUCCAUUUCAGCCAAGAUGCCUCCAUCCACUACGAAGUUCGCGCAACAGGCAUUCUCUCAACAUGCCCAAUUAACCUAGAUGACACAGUCAGCUACGGUACGAUCGUCGCACCAGGCGUACUAGCUCCAUACCACCAACACCUCUUUUCACUCCGCAUCGACCCAGCAAUCGAAGGCACAACCAACUCCCUCCAAGUCGAAGAGUCACACGCCCUACCAGUCGAUAACAAAAACCCCUUCGGAGUAGGCUAUACCACAAAGUCGAAAAUCAUAGACCAAGAAGGAGGUCUAGAUCUCGACUUCACCACAAAUCGCUCGUUCAAGAUAAUCAACGAAGACAAAAUCAACCCCAUCACAGGAACACCUGUGGGAUUUAAAUUGAACCCUUGUUAUAGCCAGAUGCUCCUCGCUCAUCCGGGCUCUUACCACGCUAAGCGAUCAGAGUUCGGGGCCCACGCUGUUUGGAUUACGCGGUAUGAAGACGACGAGGUCUUCCCGGCGGGAAGACAUACGAUGCAAUCUUCUGGUGGAGAGGGUAUUAGCUCUGUGAUUGAGCAGCGGAAGAAAGACGGGAACUCGAAUGUUAGAAAUGAGGACAUUGUGAUCUGGCAUACGUUUGGAUCGACUCAUAAUCCGCGCAUUGAGGAUUGGCCGGUUAUGCCAUCGGAGAAGAUGGUUGUGGGGUUGAAGCCGAUUAACUUCUUUUCUGGGAAUCCGGGGUUGGAUGUGGCUGUUUCGACACAGGAAAGGAAUAAGAGUGUGCUUGUGGAGGAUGGGGCUGGGGCUAGGGCGAAAGCUUGUUGUCGAUUAUAA